AUGUGUAGUAAUUUUCUUGCUAAAUUUCCAAAACAAUUGGUCCUUGAAAACUUGAGUAUUCCCAAUGACGACGUGAAUGAGAGGAAAGAACCAUCGUACGCGAUAAUCCACUGCAAGCUCAACGAUUUGACAAAUGUAGAGACACCUGAGAGCAACAGCAACAGUAGCGAUCCAGCAUUAUUGCUCAUUGUCCCGAAUAAUUCAGUGCAAGUGGAUACUUGUGUCCAAUGCAACUGCGAUGAUCCCCAGAAUCUUAACGCAGUUGAAGACAAGAGUUGUCAAGACUCCGAAUCAAAAUUCAACGUAAUUGCCACGAGAACAGAUGAAUCAAGCGAGAGUUAUUCACAAAGUGAUGAUGGGGAUGAGAAGUCCGAUGUUGAGUGCACCCUGGCCAUCAUCAAGCCAGGAGCGCUGGAGUAUAAGAACGCGAUUAGAAAGAGGAUUAUUGACGAGGGCUUCGAGAUCUGUGCGGAGAGGACUGUCCAGUUGACUCUGGAACAGGCAGCUGAAUUCUACUCCAAAGAAUAUGGGAAAUUGCAUUUUCCGUUGCUCGCGGUUUAUCUGUCCUCUGGACCUAUUGAGGCCCUUGUUCUUGCGAAGAGCCGAGGUGUGAGGGAGUGGAGGAAAGUUAUGGGGCCGGAGGAUGUAAAGAAAGCCAAACUAUAUUUCCCGAAUAGUAUCCGAGCGAUAUAUGGAGGGAAUGGUGACGAUGUGCAGAAUGUUGUUCACGGGAGUCUCGCGACUGAAGAAGCAAGAGACGAAAUUCUCUUUUUCUUCCCCAAUUUUAUCAUUGAGCCAAUGCUUCCGAGCGAAUGUAUUCCAGAUUAUUUUAAAAAGAGUCUCAAUCCUGUCUUGAUUGACGGUCUCGCUCAUUUGGAGAAGGAAAAACCUGCUGAGCCCUUGCUCUGGUUAGCCAACUGGCUCAUGGAAAAUGAUCCGGAUAAACCAAAGAUCAUUAAAUAA